AGUUCCCAGGACCAGCAUCCCGGCAGGCUGGCGGCUCCACCGGGGAGAUGGAGCCGCUCCCAGCCCUCCUUGAUUAGGAUAAGUCAGGGUUGUCAGGGCAACUGUUAACGGCAGCAUCUCCUAUUUUCCCUUCUGUGCUGUGUGUGCUGAAUAUUUUACUGUGCCGUAGCAGGAAAAGAAGAUUGGGAAAAGGUGCCGCAGCAGGAGGGAGAAGCUGGGAUCUGAUUGAGCAGGGGAUCUAUUACAAGUGCUCAAAUGAAGCGGCAGCUUAGAAACUAGCAGCUUCCUGGGAGCUGCAAUUAUAUAAGCAUAUAGUUUUGAUGUACUAAUAAUUAAAAAGCAAGUAGCAGCGGUAUGCCUGGAUCAGCUACAGCUUUCCGACAAGAGAGACUGAAGAAGACCCAUGCAAGGCCAGUCCCCCUUGGUUUAUUCACCAUUAAUGAGGAAGAUGAACAGCAAAAGAAUGGGAAUUCCAGAAGACCAAAAGCGCCUGAUGGCAACAAAGUGCAAGAUAAGAAAACCGCGGCCUCCAACCGGCCUGCUUCUGCUAUUUCAGGACAGAAUAGCAACCACACAGGAAAUAAACCAGACCCUCCACCAGUGCUGCGCGUUGAUGACCGGCAGCGGCUGGCGAGGGAGCGGCGUGAGGAGCGGGAGAAGCAGCUAGCUGCAAGAGAAAUAAUCUGGUUAGAGAGAGAAGAGCGAGCCAGGCAGCACUACGAAAAGCACCUGGAGGAGCGGAAGAAGAAGUUAGAAGAGCAGAGGCUGAAAGAGGAACGUAGGAGGGCUGCUGUGGAGGAGAAGCGAAGGCAGAGGCUCGAGGAGGACAAGGAACGCCAUGAAGCCGUUGUACGACGUACAAUGGAGAGGAGCCAGAAGCCAAAACAGAAACAUAACCGGUGGUCAUGGGGAGGCGCUCUCCACGGGAGCCCCAGUACCCACAGCGCAGAUCCAGACAGGAGGUCAGUUUCCACCAUGAAUCUUUCGAAACAUGUUGAUCCCGUCAUUAGCAAGCGGCUCUCCUCUUCAUCUGCAACUUUACUAAAUUCUCCAGAUAGAGCUCGCCGCCUGCAGCUCAGCCCAUGGGAGAGCAGCGUGGUUAACAGAUUGCUGACGCCCACACAUUCGUUCCUGGCCAGAAGUAAAAGCACAGCUGCCUUGUCUGGAGAUACAGUUACCCCCAUGUGUCCUCGUUCAGCAUCUUGCAGCCCCAUCAACAUCAUGCCCUACAAAGCCGCACACUCUAGAAAUCCGAUGGAGCGACCAAAAUUCUUUGUAACGCCACCGGAGGGCUCCGCGCGAAGGAGGACUGUUCACGGCGCAGCGUACGCAGGCCUCUCACUGUUGUGGCCUCUCCCGUUGCGGAGCACAGGCUCUGGAUGCGCAGGCUCAGAGGCCAUGGCUCAUGGGCCCAGCCGCUCCGCGGCAUGUGGGAUCUUCCCGGACCAGGGCACGAACCCAUGUCCCCUGCAUCGGCAGGCGGACUCUCAACCACUGUGCCACCAGAGAAGCCCAGGCUAUAAAAGAGAAAGGGAGAGAGAAAACUUACCCUUCCACCUCACACCCGGCAUCCGAAGGGCACUAUCUCCAUCUCAUCCCAAAGCCAGAUCACCAGCUUCCUCCCGACUUUGGCUCCCAUCCAAGUCCUUUCCCCACUUGCCUGGCACCCCCAGACCAGCAUCCUCCAUGCCUCCUGGACCAGUCAAACCUGCCCCUGCUCAGGUCCGGCCCCCCUCGCCCGGCAACAUCCGCCCCAUCAAGAGAGAAGUCAGAGUGGAACCUGAGAGAAAAGACCCUGAGAAGGAACCUCAGAAAGUUGCCAAUGAGCCCUCACUAAAGGGCAGGGCACUUUUGGUGAAGGUAGAAGAAGCCACAGUUGAAGAGGGGACACCUGUCGAACCAGAGGUUGCUCCUGCUGCUCCGGAGGCAGCCUCAGCACCGGCCUCCGCUCCAGCCUCCACUCCGGCCCCUUCAUCCACUGUGACUGCCAUCGCUUCUCUGAAGACCUCUGCGGGCACCACUGACCCGGAAGAGGCCACGAGGCUGCUAGCUGAGAAGAGGCGGCUGGCCCGAGAGCAGAGAGAGAAGGAGGAAAGGGAGAAGAGGGAGACGAAAGAGCUCGAAAGACAAAAGCGAGAAGAAUUGGCCCAAAGGGUGGCUGAAGAGAGAACCCGCCGAGAGGAGGAAGCCCGCCAGCUGGAAGCUCGGCAAGCCAGGGAGAGGGAAGAGCAGCUGCGGCGGCAGGAGGAGGAGCGGGCCCGGCGCGAGCGGGAGGAGAUGGAGCGCAUCCAGAAACAGAAAGAAGAAGAAGCUCGUGUUCGGGAAGAAGCAGAGAGGGUCCGGCAGGAACGGGAGAAGCAUUUCCAGAGAGAAGAGCAGGAGCGCCUGGAGAGGAAGAAGCGGCUUGAGGAGAUAAUGAAAAGAACCAGAAGAACAGAAGCUUCAGAUAAGAAAACCGUUGAUCAGAGAAAUGGAGAUAUAACCAAGGGAGCGCUCAUUAGAGAAACAGCGGUAUCUGCACUUCCAAAUAUGACAAACUCUCCAGGACAAGGAGAACCAGCAGCCAGCCCCCAUGUGGUUGCCUCACACCAAUCAGAAGUGACUGUGGAGAGUACUCCCAAUUUGGAAAAACAACCAAAUGAAAAUGGAAUAUCAGUUCAGAAUGAAGAUUUUGAAGAAAUUAUAAAUUUACCCAUUGGAUCUAAACCAUCCAGAUUAGAGGUCACCAACAGCGAGAGUCCAGACAUUCCUUUGAAUCCUAUUUUGGCCUUUGGUGAUGAAGGGACACUUGGGACCCUGCCUCAGGUAGAUGGUGUUCAAACACAACAAACAGCAGAAGUUAUAUGAGCAUUUCUUCUAAAGAACCAAAGCAGAAAUUUAAUAAGAAUUUCUACAAUUAAUGGAAUUCCUUCCAUGCUACAAAGGAGCAUCUCCCCUUCCCCCGUUUUCUAAAGGUUUCUUGACCAUCAUUUUGGAAAGACUAUAUUAAAACCAGCUAAAGACAACAGACUGGAUAGCUUUUCUAAUAAUUUUCGCCAAUAGAGAAAAAGAAAUCCUCCCUUGUUCUUCAGUACUUUAAAAUAGCUUUUUCCAGUGUGCUCCUUCUUAGGAAAUCAAUAUUUUUCUGCAUUCUCUAAAAGAUGAGAGCAUUUGGCUGUAAAAGAAAUGGGCCGAGUAGGCAUGAUUUUUCACAUAGAUAUUUUGGACUUUAAAAGCUAACAUGUAAAAUUGGCACAAAAAUUUUUACCUUUUACAGUGUAAUACUUGAAAUAUAAGUACCUCUUGGUUCAACAAGUAGAGUGAAUAGGAGAGACGUUUAAAUUAAGCCUGUUUGUUUAAAUAUUAUAUUGCAAAGAGCUCUAUUUGUAGAGGCAGAUUACCAGGUUCUUGUAAAUGCAACUUGUACAUGGACAUUCUGCAAACCCCACUGUCCCAUUCUUCUUGCAUCUCCUUUUGCAAAACAUACUCAACAGUUUUAAAAUGUGAAAAAAAAGAACAUUAUUUUUUCAGAGCAAGAAAAUAAUUUACUGUCCUCUUAAAUAAUGUAUUUAUAAAGUUUUUUUCAGAUAAACUAAUCAAAUAAAUUAGAACAAUGUAACAACGUUGCAGAAUUUGAUUUAUGAGAUGCAUUCCUUAUGUUACCAUGAGAGAAUGUUGUUGAUGAUUCAGGGCUAUUUCUGAAGUCUGUUUAUUGCUGCUGUCCCCAGUGAUGGUGGGACUUACCUUUGCCUUACCUGAUCACAAAUUAUUUGGAGGUGGGGGAGAAUAAAGAUUUAAUAUUUCUUUAAAUAAAAAAGAGAAUUUGGUUUUGCUCGUUUAAGAGCAAUGAAAAAAUGAUGGAAUGUGGACUGUGUUUGGCACCCAGGACACGGCAGGAUGAUACCUUCAUGAAGGUCCUUGUUCUGCGUGGCAUCCAUCAGCUUUCACCCUUCAUCCUUCUUCACUUUUCGCUGCUGAGCUUGGCUGUACAAACUUGCACUUUCAUUUGAUAAUACAAAUUCAAUUUUAUUUUGCCAUUUGAGAGACUACUAAUAACUAAAUACUGAAGGAGAGAACACUGAGGGAACGCAUUUUUUUAUUAUGGAGUGUUUAAAAAAGGUAAACUUCUGCCACUAGAAUGUGUUUUUAUUCAAAGUGGGAUUGAUUAAUCUAGAUUGAAUGCGGGACUGUUCAUUUAUUGGACCAUUUCCUUAAAAUCCAAGCAUACCGUCUUUAGUAACAGCUGUAAUUUGUUAAAAACAUUAAUUUGGGGUUUUUCCCUAUUCUCAGUUGUCCAUGUACACAUAGUCAUAUUAAAAGAAAAAUCUGUUCAACCAAAUUGUUUUUUUUUUUAAUCGACCUAGCAUGGAACACCAAAUAAAAUGUGUAUGACAUAUUUUUACUUUUAGGUUUCUCAUAUGUUAUGACUUCACUUAGGUUGAUUCUUGAGUUUUCAAAUUGUUCUUCAUUUAACCUCAACCAGCUUCCUCUGAACAGGCAUACAGAAUAGGUUGAUUUAAAAUUUAGAGCAGGAGUUCUGUUUUGGCUAGGUUUUCCUUUAUUCAUUUAUAUUUAACUUAAGCAAUCAUGAGCAAACUGAAUGCCUCUAAGUAAUCAAGUUUUAAUUAGAAGUGGUAGAAAAUUGUUAACUCUGUUUUGAUAACUACACUGCCAGAGGAUGACCUUGACCUUUACGAUGGCUAGAAUGCUUUCUGUCCAGCCCUUGAAGAUCAGUAUUCACCUACUGAUCUUAAAGAGGUCCUCAGUAGGCACUACAUUAAGGGAAGGUCUCAGGGAUCAAAUAUGACCCUCUCCACGGAAUGAGGGUGCAUGGGCUUUUAGUUUCCUUUUCCACAACAUUGCAGUCUGUUUUAGGCCAAUUUAAUCGCCAGUCACAAGUUCAUUUGGUAGAUACCUUCCAGUAAAAGCUGGCAGCUAAGGCUCUACGUUUCCUCCUGCAUAACAUCAGUACCUGGUGGUAUAUUAUGAUAAAAGCAAAUCUAAAACAGAGUUUUAAGGGGAGAAUGAGGGAAUAAGGAGGCUGAGCAGGCCAGAGAGGUAAAAAACUACAAAAAGCUGGAAGAGAGGUGCUGGUCCAUGUGAAACUCAUCUGGGUUUGUUGUCUUAUCAAAGUUGGGCUCCUACCGUCUUGCAGCGGGUGGGAGAUGGGGCCCUAUCUUCAGGUGUCAGCUGGAACAGUGUUUCUCAUCCCUGCCUUUGCUAAUGCUGUUGCCUCUGCUAAUAAUACUCUCCACUUCGUGUGAAUGUUUGGAGGAUUCCAUGAGGUCUAGCAUAUAAAGAUCUUAGCACCAUGCUUAACCCAGAGUAAGCGUUCGGUAUUUAUUAACUAAAUAAAAAGACUCAUCCUUCAAUAUUUAGCUUGUGUUUCUCCCUUCAAGAAACCUACUUUCCUCCCAGAGUCUCACUCUAGGUUAGGUGCCCUUCCUCUUUUCUAAUGCUAACUCUCUGAAUAUGCCUCUAUCAUUGUGCUUGCCACAAUCUAUUACAUUUAUAUUCAUGAUUCUCUCCCCCACUAGACUGAAUCCUUGAGGGGAAAGACUUUUAUUCAUCUUUGUACAGUAUUCCCAAAUGUCCAGUGUGGUACCUGGUACCCAUUAGGGACUUAGCAAUGGUAAUUGUUAUAAUGGAUGGAUGCUGGCAUGCAUGCGUGAAAUCCUCAUCUUGACUUUUUGACAGCUUUUGAAUUAUUGAUUAGCCCUUUAUUCUGGAAUAUCCUUUCUCCAGUGGAUUUUGUAUCAAAUCAGAGGUCAGUUGCGGACAACAGAAACCACCACAGUAUUUUCAGCAGAGGGGAAUUUAAACACUGUUAAAAUUGUUGGAAGGACUGAAGAGCAUGCUCUAGACUGGGCCCUCAGGAAUGACUCCCAGAUCACAGCAGAUAGAACUCACUAGGAGAGCUACUACCUCUUCCACUCAGGAAGAUGAGAAUUCAGGAAGCCACCUCUGGAACCACUGAACAUACUGCCUUUGCUGAGAUCCAGAGAUCAGGAAGCCACCACAACGGAACUUUCCGCUAGAGCCACACAAGCAAAACAUGGAUUCCCAGGCCUUUGCCUCUUGUCCCUCGGGAAGCUGAUGUGGGAAUGCUGAACACUGGCCAGGAAGGGCAGAGGGAGCCAACAGUCCCAUGACCUUCUUGCCAGCAGAAGCAGCCCAAAAGUGCUAUGUACAUCUUUCAAGCCUCACUCACAUCACCCGAUUCUCAGAACCUGCAUCACAUCCAGACCCUCUGGUUGCGAGGAAAUCUGGGAAAUGUAGUUUUCAGUCUUAACACUGCAGAAAGGCAUCCUAGACUCAUGGUGGAUUGGAUGUUAAGACAGCCCCCAGAGAUGAAUGGAUAAAGAAGAUGUGGCAUAUAUAUGCAAUGGAAUAUUACUCAGCCAUAAAAAGGAACAAAACUGAGUUAUUUGUAGUGAGGUGGACGGACCUAGAGACUGUCAUACAGAGUGAAGUAAGUCAGAAAGAGAAAAACAAAUACCGUUUGCUAACACAUAUAUAUGGAAUCUAAAAAAGAAAAAAAGAAAAUGGUCAGAAGAACCUAGGGGCAAGAUGGGAAUAAAUAUGCAGACAUACUAGAGAAUGGACUUGAGGAUACGGAGAGGGUGAAGGAUAAGCUGGGACAAAGUGAGAGAGUGGCAUGGACAUAUAUACACUACCAAACGUAAAAUAGAAAGCUAGUGGGAAGCAGCCGCAUAGCACAGGGAGAUCAGCUUGGUGCUUUGUGACCACCUAGAGGGGUGGGAUAG